UACAAAUAGAAAUAUUUGUACAGAAAAGAUACAUAAAAGGAAAGCAAAGGAAAAGGAUUAAAGAAAAAGAAAUGGUCAGCGGGUUGUGAAUGAGUUUGGAGUUUUAAGGAUCUUUUGACAAUUGGACAACAUGAUGAAAGGAAUUUUCAUCGCAUAGUGUUAUUUUAUGAUAUAGAUUCUUAAUGGAACAUAUGUUCUUGCAUUUGGGAAUUUCUAAUCUUAAUUUUGUUAGGAGCAAGGAGUCUUAUUAUCAAAGCUUAGGGAAAUUUGGACUCGUUUGAGCAAUAUUAACUUUUUCAUUAAUUAAAAUUUUUUCAAGAAAAUUGUAAAUAUCUUUAUUACUUGGGAUAGAACUGAACAAACUAUUAAUUAAAUGAUCUCAUAAAGUCGAGAUUUUAGCAUAUUUUGGUUGUAAAAAGAAUGAGAACAACAGAAGUCAUUAUUUACUAAAUAAAAUUGAGAAGGGCAUUUGGACCGGCCGACCCAACUGAAAAUAGGGCCUACCAAGUCAAACAAAAAAGCAGCCCAUCACAAGAAUCUACAUUCUACCGGUAGACACUUCCCCCACCUUAUCCAACUCCUUUUCAAGCAAGGGCAUAUUCCCUUCCAUGGUUCCCUUUCAUUUCUCCUCCACCCGUACCAAAAAAUCAAUUAACCCAGAAAAACAAAAGAAAAAAACUCCAUUGAAAUGGCUUCUGCAACAACAAGACUUACCUUCCCUUUCCACCACUUAACCCAACCUUCUCUGAAACCACAAAAACCCCAUCUCCUUAUCUCCCCUAAACUCCCCACAAUUUCACUCAACAUCAAACACCACAAAAAGCAACUGCAUUUCACCAUCCAUUCCAUCGAUGUCUCAAAAGAAGACAGUCAAGGCAUGCCUGUUUCAGACCAAGAAAACCAAUUUCCUCCUCCACCACCACCACCACCACCACCAGCACCCAAAGAAACUACUGCUAAAGAAGAAAAAUUUGACAAACGCAGGUUAGAAGAGAAGUUUGCAGUGUUGAACACAGGAAUCUAUGAGUGCAGGUCAUGUGGUUACAAGUAUGAUGAAGCAGUGGGUGAUCCUUCAUAUCCAAUACCACCAGGGUUUCAGUUUGACAAGUUGCCUGAUGAUUGGAGAUGCCCUACUUGUGGGGCUGCAAAGAGUUUCUUUGAGAGUAAGAGUGUGGAAAUUGCAGGUUUUGCACAGAAUCAGCAGUUUGGAUUAGGAGGGAAUUCUCUUACUUCUGGACAAAAAGCUUUAUUGAUAUAUGGAAGCUUGUUCUUCUUUUUUGUGCUCUUCUUGAGUGGUUACUUUUUGCAAUAGGAUCAGAAAUGGAGUUUCUCUGUAAUUUUUCUUUGUUAGACAAUCGAUAUCUUUGUAGCAUAAAUUAAAAGUACACUUUGUGUGGUAUUUUGCAAAUAUAAAAUUCAAUCCAUCUGCCAAAAUAAUUUUAUUUUCAUCCUUUCUGUUUCAUUUUUGUUUCUUGGCUUUUCCUGUCAUCUUUAAAUGAAAGAUUCUUUCCUUUUCAAUUUAUGGUUUCUCUCACGAUCUUUCUCACUUAACAGUAUCUAUUAAGAAUCAUAGCUGAAUGUGUGAAAAAGGAAGGUCUC